AUGAAUCUCGAUGCCAAGCUGCCCCAGCAUGUGGCUGAUGGCAACGUGCCCCCUGGCUUUCCACAGAUCCAUCCCUCAAGGCCCUACACGAAGCGUCAGAUGCUCGGAGAUUUCCUCAAAGGAAUCAAGCUCGCUCUCUUCAUCUUUGUCGUCUUGCUGUACCCUCAGAAAAGCUUCUCUUAUGCAUCUGACAUCGCUUCAGGCAAGUGGCAUUGGCCAUGGUCGCCUCGUCCCGUCAAGACCAACAUCAUCUUCAUGAUCAGUGAUGGCUACGGUCCUGCAUCUGUCGCAUUCACAAGGCACUUUGCGCAGGCUUUAAACAACGAUACAGACUAUACAAGCUUAUUCCAGCUACCGCUCGAUAAGAUUCUCGUCGGCACCCACCGCUCUAGAUCUUCCUCUUCGCUCAUCACUGACUCGGCUGCAGGCGCUACUGCCUUCUCGUGUGCCAAAAAGUCGUACAAUGGUGCCAUCGCGGUCACUCCGGAUGGCAAGCCCUGUGGUACUGUCUUUGAGGCUUCCAAACGAAAGGGCCUCUUGACUGGUGUUGUCGUCACCUCUCGGCUUACGGAUGCUACUCCCGCUGCUUUCAUCUCGCAUGCUGCUUCUCGUGCCGAAGAGCCGCUCAUCGCUUCCCAGAUGAUCGGAGGCAGGCAGAACCCACUCGGCGAACGAACGCUCGAUCUUGCUAUCGGAGGUGGAGGAUGCGCUUUCCUGCCCAACUCCAGCUCCGUCUCGUGUCGUCAGGAUGACGAGGACACUGUCGAGUACGCCAGGCAGCUUGGAUGGGAUGUUCGAGUCGCCUUCCCCACCAACACCUCCUCCGACCAUCUUCAUGCGGACAUGUCAUCAAGGUCUGAUGUUUUCGGCGGCGAACCAGAGAUCCCUUUCAUGGCGUUACUAUCUCCCGGCAACACUCCCUACGAGAUCGAUAGAGUCAACAUUCCCGAACCAUUGCCUCUCAAGCCGCUUUCCCACUACGCAAAGAAGGCUCUCGAGCUCCUUGGCGAAUCUAGGCAGAACCAGAAGGGUUUCAUCCUUAUGAUCGAAGGCUCGCAGAUCGACCUUUGUGCCCACAACAAUGACCCUGCUUGUCAUGCCCGUGAGGCCCUCGCAUACCAUGACACCAUCGCUCUCGUCAAGGACUGGGUUGAUCGUCACAACACUAAGGACGAGAAGACGCUUCUCAUUUCUACUUCCGACCACGAAACCGGUGGUGUCACUCUGGGCAGACAGCUCACCGUCGACUAUCCAAACUAUGCCUACUACCCCGAGCGUCUGCUCAACGCAAAGCACUCCACGCCUAUCCUCACUGCUGUGUUGAUCGACUUUGUUCGUUUGGAAAAGCAGAAAGCCAAGGCGCAAGGUGGUCAUGUCAGCGAGAAGCUUGUUCGCGACUUCAUUGAGCGCAAGGUCCUUGGCAAGUCAGGCCUUGGCUUCGAGGGUGAGGGUCAGGGCGGAGCUCCAACUUUGGCUGAAAUCGAUGCCGUAUGGAAGGUGGUGAAGAGCGAGAUUCUGUCGAUCGCAGAUGCAGAGGACAGCGAUGCUCAUCUCGAAAGCGCAGCUAGGCAUAUUCGUAAUGCUCACACCACGGCAAACGACGUCCAUCGAGUCGGCACACUCGGCCCUGUUCCCAGUGUCAAUCUCGAUGGCAUCCGCAGGGUCAUUUCAGACAUAGCAGCUAGGAGAGCUGAGAUCGGGUUUUCCACCAGCGGCCACACAGGUAUCGACAUCAACGUCUAUGCCUAUGGCUUUGGAUUGCACAAGUUGAUCGGAAAUCAGGACAAUACCAACAUCGGAACUGUCAUCAACGAGCUUCUUCAAUUAGAUCUUGAUGCGAUCACUCGUGAUCUCAACAAGUAG